AUGGCAUUGGUCAGCACCUUGGUCAGCACAUUGGUCAGCACUUUGGUCAGCUGUUUGGUCACCACUUUGGUCAGCACUUUGGUCACUUCUCUGGUCAUGGCAUUGGUCACCACGUUGGUCAUGGCAUUGGUCAUGGCAUUGGUCAACACUUUGGUCAGCACUUUGGUCAGCAUCUUGGUCAACACUUUAGUUAACUACUACACAAUCACAUACAACGAUUAA